AUGAGCAUGCACACUACGCAGGAGUGGGCGCAAAGCGCCCAGUACAACAUGUACCAAGCGCAGAGUGCACACCGGAAGGCCAUGGAUCAACAAGAUCGAUCCAGUCGGGCCCAUGGUGAAGUGAUGACCGAGAACAUGGGCAUGUACUCUGAACUGCACAACUCCCUGGAGCACAAGGUGAAGACCUCUCAACGUCUUGUGGAGAAGCUUCAACACCGAGCACACUCGGUGGAGAACUCCCUGCAACACACCCGGCAGACCUUGGCGAAGCUUGAAGAAGCGCUCAUCGCCAAGGAGGCGCCGUUGACCUUAUGUACCUGGCGCAUGGAGCAGCGGGAACGACGGCCCCUGAGGGAACAGGUGCGCGACACCGCGGAGGUGUGUCUCGAAGUGGAGAAGGCCACCUUGGUGGAUGCCCAGAGGAAACUCAAGGAUUUCAUCAAGAAAACAAAAGCAACCAUCCAUGCUUUGGAGACCAAGCUGGAAGAACUUCGCCAUGAUAUCCAGGUGAAGACUCAGGCCCUCUCGGUGGACGAGCUUUGCCUGCGAACCACCUCGCGGAGUUUGGAGACGGUCUCGGAUCGUUCAACGUUCAUGAGGCCCUCGGGCAGCCCGUCCUAUGCCUCACGCCCGGCCUCACAGGCGCGACGCCGGACGCAGGGCGCCCAGGCGGCGCGGCACGAGGUCUCAGUGCACGAGAGCGCAAGGAACGAGGUCUUGCGACAACAGGAGGCGUUGAGGCUGAAUCAAUCAGCCGUACAUCGCGAGCAAGCCGCCAAGGAGCUCCGGGACGAGGCCGUGAAGCUCAUCCAGCGCACGCAGCGCAGCGCUGAGGAGGCCAUGCAGAAGUCCCAGAAGUCCAUGAAGGAGCGUGUGAACGAGAACCAACAUGUCAGGAGGCGCUUGGAACAAGAACUACGAGAGACUUGCAACCAGAUCAACAUGACCAAGAGCACGAUCCAUGACACCAAGACACAAAUCAAAUCAUUGGAAGAGCCAAUGGAGUUGACUUCCACCUGUGCCUCCUGGCGCAAGCAGCGUGCAGCACGGGAGCACAUUCAAGAUCCAGUGACCACAACAUUGCAGGAGCAUCAGAUGACCUUGUUGAGGUGCCACGAGGAUUUGAGGCAGCAUCAUCAGAAUGAGAAGAGCGUCCUGCAAGACCUCCAGGAGAAGAAGGAGCAGUUGAAGGAGGACUUGCGAGAGAAGACAUGCGCGUUGCACAUCGAUCUCAAUUGCCUCACCCACGAGGCCACGUGCCUCAACGGGAAGCCCAGCCCGGCCAUCAGCCGGCAGCAAUUGCCCAAGGCGAUGAAGGUGGAUCCCACCUUCGUGCCUAACCCCGGGCAUGCCAUGAUCAUGCAGCUUCCCUUGACAGCCCGGUGA